UUAUUUAUCAAAUAUUUCUAUUUAUACAAAUUAAUCAUAGAUAUUAAAUUUAAAAACAAUUAAUAGUUUCUUAAAUCCAUGAACAUGUCCAUGUUUAAUAAUGAAUGCUAUUUCACCAGGUAUCCUGUACCCUUUUCCUCGUCUGGACUCCCAUAGAAAUAGAUGGUAUUUUCAUCAGGGAAAACCAAAUAAUGGAUGAGUAUUCCAGAAAGCAUAAUUUUGUCAAUUGACAGAACAACUCUUCCACCUCUUCAGAGAGUUUCGAAAAAACCAUCAAGAAGGUAUUCUCUAUAUGCAUCUGAUGUCAGUGAAACAAUAAUGCCUCCUCAUACUAAAAUAGAAAAUUGGUUGGGAAAUCAGCAUUUGAUAGGUAAAAAAAAUGGAGAAUCACUUAGGUCAGAAUCAAUUUUACUUCCUUGCAUGUCAUCCGAUCCCCUUCUUCGAAUCACUCAGUUGGAACAAAAUCUUCGUUUUCUACAAGAGCAACAUCAUAGCAUGUUAAGUAGCUUACAUCAAGAAAUAGAAUCGCUUAGAAUUCGUAAUAGAGAUCUACAAUUUCAGUUGAUAUUUGGAAAUCCAGGAAAUCCAAUUAUUAACAGUAGUUCGGAUUCAUCACCAGAUGAUUGUAAGCCAAAGAUAGUUUUGACUCCAAAAGAAGUUAAUACUCGACCACUCCAAGUAGAAAUAUUAGAAAAAGAAGUUUCUGAAUUAAAGACAGCAUUGUUGGAGGCUAAUUCAAAAAAUUCAAGUCUCACACAAUUAGUUGAUUAUCAAAAAAAGCAAAUAGAAAUAAUAAAAAAAGAAAAGGAAACUGAACAACAAACGAGACUUGAUGAUGCUGAGAACCUCAUUAAACGACUUAUCAAAGAAAAUGAAGAACAAAGGAAGGAGGUUAGCACUCUUAGAAGUCAAAUCAAUAAAGCUAGUGGAAGUGGUAAUCGUUACAAUGGUGGCAGAAGGAAUGGUGAUUAUCAGAGAUUUCCUCCUUUACAAGCCCAGACUUACUGGGGAAAUGGAUCUCAAAAGCAUAGGACCAGUCCUGAAUACCACAACGCGAGGGGUCAACUAGACCAAGAAGUAGUUGGUCAACCAGCACCUGCAUUGCCACACCUAACAAGAACAUACAGUCAACCAUCACAGAAUCAAAGGCAUCGUUAUUAUAGUAAUGGUAAUCACUUCUACCAUGGAGAUGAAGGAGAUGGAAGAAGAAGAUAUAGAGGCAGGGGAGGGUCGGGGAAUCACAAAGAUGACAACUAA